AUGGCUGACAUAUAUCCUUCAUUGGUGCAAUGCGCCAUCGUCGCAACAGCUUUCAAGAUCCUACUCUUCCCCGCCUAUAAAUCGACUGACUUUGAAGUCCAUCGGAAUUGGCUCGCGAUUACAAAUUCGUUACCGGCCAGGGAGUGGUAUUAUGAGAAAACAUCGGAAUGGACACUCGAUUACCCGCCGUUCUUCGCGGCUUUCGAAUGGCUUCUGUCGCAGGCAGCGCGCUAUGCGGACCCCGCAAUGCUGGUUAUAGAGAACCUCAAUUACGAUUCCUGGCAGACCGUCUAUUUUCAGAGAGCCACCGUCAUUUUUACGGAGCUUGUCUUGGUCUACGCACUGAAUCGGUUCAUCAAGUCUCUGCCUGAAGCCAAUAAACAUCUUGCGCAUAUUGCAGGCCUAUCCAUCUUAUUGUCACCGGGUCUGCUCAUCAUUGACCACAUUCAUUUCCAAUACAACGGCUUUCUUUACGGAAUCCUGGUGUUGUCGAUUGUUCUGGCGCGCAAGCAGUCUACGCUCUUCUACAGCGGUAUCCUAUUCGCCGUGCUGCUGUGUCUGAAGCACAUCUACCUGUACCUCUCUUUAGCCUACUUUGUAUACUUACUGAGAGCCUACUGCCUUGACCCGAAGUCGGUCUUUCGCCCACGAUUUGGAAAUAUCUUCAAACUCGGAUUGGGUGUCAUCAGCGUGUUUGGCCUCGCCUUCGGCCCGUUUGCCUACUGGAACCAAUUGCUGCAAUUGAAGGAUAGGUUGUUUCCAUUCUCGCGGGGCCUAUGCCAUGCUUACUGGGCGCCAAACAUAUGGGCAAUGUACUCCUUUACGGACCGCGCGCUGAUUCCUCUUGCUCCCCGUCUGGGUCUGUCUGUCAAUCGUGGCGCUUUGACGAGUGUCACACGCGGACUCGUCGGCGACACUUCCUUCGCCAUCCUUCCUGAGAUAACAAAGGAACAGACAUUCGCGUUGACGUUCUUGUUCCAACUGCUCCCACUCAUCAAACUCUGGUUUCACCCGACCUGGGACACGUUUGUUGGUGCGAUUACUCUCUGCGGAUACGCAUCGUUCCUGUUCGGCUGGCAUGUACACGAGAAAGCCGUCCUCCUGAUCAUCAUCCCUUUUAGUCUGAUCGCACUGAAGGACCGACGCUACUUCAGCGCCUUCCGGCCUCUCGCUGUUGCAGGCCAUGUCUCGCUCUUCCCACUUCUGUUUACCGCAGCCGAGUUUCCGCUGAAGACCGUCUACACUGUCUGGUGGCUCGUUCUGUUCCUGUUCGUGUUCGACCAAGUGGCGCCGGUUUCCGAGCGGCAGCGGAUCUUCGUUUUCGACCGCCUGUCCCUGUUGUAUCUGACUGUGGCUAUUCCAUUGAUCGUCUACUGCUCAUUGGUACAUCAGCUGAUUUUCGGAUGGGAUCGGUAUGAAUUCCUCCCGCUGAUGUUCAUGAGCAGCUAUUCUGCUUUGGGAGUCGUUGGCAGUUGGGUAGGAUUUAUGGUGGUCUACUUCACCGCGUAG